UGGUGUGCGGCCUGGCUUGCCACCAGCUACAUCAUGACGGUCGUCCUCGGCCAUGCAGCCUCGCCACUGAUGAGCAUCAGUGACGUGGGAAAUGUCUUUCCCGAAAGCAUAUUAUUCAGAAUUGGAUUUAUAGGGAUGUCCAUUGGCACUUUGGUACUAACCUUUCUUAUUUAUAAGUAUAUGGUUAUGCAUACUGAAGAGUUCAGGGGUCAUCAGGUCCUGAUCCAGAGGAUCCUGCUGGCCAUUGUGUGGGCCUCCUGUUUUUCCACAGCUGUUAUGCAUGUAUUGUCCCCCGAAGAAUAUCCCAGGAUACACUUUGUCAGCACGAUAAUUUCCAUUACAUGUGAAGCCUUAUACUACCUUGGGCAGUCCAUCCAGAUGUAUAAAUUACCAGGAGCAAAAAAAGUCAUCCACCAUAGUAGAUGCACCUGCUGUGGCCUGACUUUUGUCUUUGUAGUUUUCUAUUUUGGAUAUGAAACAUUAAAGGAAUUAUUCCAUAAUGAUGAAGACUGGGACGAGAUCCGUGAAAUCCCCAUCAUAAUCAUCGAGUGGGUGAUGCUUCUACUGAUCCUGAUAAACAUCGUGACCUAUUAUUCCACCAUGCAGAGGUUAUUGUUGACCGUCUCCAGAAACAGCUGCACACUCUCUCUUAGAGUAAAAAUUGAUGACUUCGGGGUGUAGACCACCACGGGGGCCAUCAAGUGGACUUCUGGGAGAGAUACUGCACAGGACACGGAAAACAUCUAAAGAAGAAUAACUGGGGGACUACAUAUGGUGCCAGUAAUCAUGACACAAUAAUAUGAGCUGGUGAUAUUACCUAUACAAAAAAAAAAUAAAAAAAUAUUAUAAAAAAAUAUUGGUGUGUGAAGUGUAAUACCUAGUUAGAAAACAGAAUCAAAUUCAUCA